AUGGAGCUGAGCUAUGGAGACCAUGAAAGUCCUAUCGAAUGCCUUUGGAUCAAGGUUAGAGGGAUUGUCACCGAGGGACACCUUAUGUCAGAUAUCUGUUACCAACCUCCCAGUCAGGAUGAUGAGGCUGACGUAACCUUACUGAAGCUGCUUAAGAAAGUCUCGGGCCAACUGAACCGUCUCCUCGUGGGUGACUUCAAUUACAUGGACACUUGGUGGGAAAGCAACACAGCAAUGCAUGAGUUGCCCAUCAGUUUCCUGGAAUGCAUUGAGGACUGCUUCCUGCUACACUAUAAGAAGCGUUGUCAAGGCCGGAUGCGGAAACAUGUUGGUGACCUGUGUUUACAAGCUGGCAUGUUACAAGAUUCCUUGGUCCAUUAUCACAUGGCAGUGGAACUUCUGCGGUCUGUGAAUGACUUUCUGUGGCUUGGAGCUGCUCUUGAGGGAUUAUGCUCAGCGUCAGUCAUCUAUCAUUAUCCAGGUGGUACUGGAGGUAAAGUUGGAUCUCGCAGGGCACAAGGAGGUUCUCUUUCUGCUGAGGCAGGCAACAGGCACAGACCAGGGGCACAAGAAGUUCUCAUUGAUCCAGGUGCGCUGACUUCAAAUGGAAUAAAUGCAGAUACGAGUGCUGAGAUUGGACGUGCCAAGAAUUGCCUAAGUCCUGAAGACAUCAUAGAUAAAUAUAAAGAAGCCAUUUCUUACUACGGCAAGUACAAGAAUGCUGGUGUGAUUGAACUGGAAGCCUGCGUGAAGGCAGUGAGAGUCCUUGCAAUACAGAAAAGGAGCAUGGAAGCCUCUGAGUUUCUUCAGAAUGCAGUUUAUAUCAACCUUCGUCAGCUUUCAGAAGAAGAAAAAAUCCAGCGUUACAGCAUUCUGUCUGAGCUUUAUGAACGUAUUGGUUUUCACCGAAAGUCUGCUUUUUUCAAGCGUAUCGCAGCAAUGCAGUGCGCUGCCCCUAGCAUCCCAGAACCUGGGUGGAGGGCCUGCUACAAAUUGCUUUUGGAAACUCUCCCUGGCUAUAGCUUAUCAUUGGAUCCUAAAGAUUUCAGCAAAGGAACUCAUAGAGGAUGGGCUGCGGUACAGAUGCGUCUGCUUCAUGAACUAGUAUAUGCUUCUAGAAGAAUGGGCAAUCCUGCUCUAUGCGUCAGGCAUCUGUCUUUCCUUCUCCAGACUAUGCUGGAUUUUCUUUCUGAUCAAGAAAAGAAAGAUGUAACACAGAGCUUGGAAAGCUACACAGCAAAAUGUCCUGGUACAAUGGAAUUUAUCACUCUUCCAGAUGGUUUGAAGUUACCUCCUGUUCCAUUCACCAAAUUGCCUAUUGUGAGGUAA